AUGAGGCCUACUCAGAUUAUGCGCGGCGGUGGCGGUGACGGCCCCAUCGGAAAGUACAACAAGUUCAUUGGUGGCUGGGGCAACUUCGGUGGCCUCCCUCAGCGCGGUAUCGUCAGCUAUGGCAUCAGCAUGAACCGCUCCAACCCCUUCGCCGGUGCCGCUCACGACGCCGUCUUCAACACGUGGAGGCGAUUCAGCAAGCAGGUCUUCUACUGGGCUCCCCCUCUGCUGGCCAGCUACUACAUCAUGCAGUGGGCUACCGAGCGGAACGAGUACCUCAACUCCAAGGCCGGCCGUGCCGAGUUUGCCGAUUCGGAGGAGUAG